GAAUAUCUCAGAGAAACGAGAACAUUCAUUCUUAAUACAAUUAAAAUCUUGAAUUUCGAUUCGGUUCCUCAUUCUUAGAUUCGAAACCUAAUGGCUUCACUCGGAAUGGCAGUUGCUCUGUUCUUCCACGCUUUGAUCUUCUCCGUCACUUGUGCAAAUUCAGCGACAUUCAACAUAGUCAACAUGUGCAGCUUCACGGUCUGGCCGGGGAUCCUCUCCGGCGCCGGAACUGCGCCGCUCUCCACCACCGGCUUCGCCCUCAACCCCGGCGCGUCCACCUCUGUGGCCGUCCCUGCCUCCUGGUCUGGCCGCCUCUGGGGCCGCACCUUCUGCUCCCAGGACGCCACCAACGGCAAGUUCGCCUGCCUCACGGGCGACUGCGGGUCCUCCACCCUCGAGUGCUCCGGCAGCGGCGCCACCCCUCCCGCCACCCUCGCCGAGUUCACCCUCAACGGCGCCGGCGGGCUCGACUUCUACAACGUCAGCCUCGUUGACGGGUACAACCUCCCGAUGCUGGUAGUGCCGCAGGGUGCCGCCGCCACCUCCGGGGCCGGGAACUGCACCGCCACAGGGUGCGUGGCGGACUUGAACACUGCGUGCCCGCAGGAGCUGAAGGUGACGAGCACAGGGAGCCAGGGCGGGGUGGCGUGCCGGAGCGCGUGCGGCGCAUUCGGGGACCCACAGUACUGCUGCAGCGGCGCGCACGGGACACCGGACACGUGCGGGCCGAGCCAGUACUCGGAGUUCUUCAAGAGCGCGUGCCCGAAGGCCUAUAGUUAUGCUUAUGACGACGGCACGAGCACCUUCACCUGCGCUUCGGCGGAUUACGAGAUCACAUUUUGCCCGAGACCUUCUGCUAGUGUCAAGGCGGUGGGCGGUGAGUACGUGGUGGCAGCCAAGGUGUCGGGCGGCGUCGCCUUGUCGUGGACGCCAUCGCUUUCGGUCGUCGCUGUCGUCGUUUCGGCGACAGUUUGGCAGUUGCGGCGGCCGUCCUGAUCCAACAACAUGCGUCCUCUCUAGCUCUGACUGCACAGUGGGCCCACCUGCCCCCGUCUCUCUCUCAACUGGGUAGGGCCCACGCGCUUCAGGGGAUCAAGUGGAUUUUAUUACCGCACGAGCGGCCCAACAUGAAGAGGGAAAAAUCUCGAGAGAGAGAGAAAACAAAAAAAAACAAAAAAAAAUUGGAAAUCAGAUCAAUGCUGUGAUCCUCUUCGGACGCGAAUCUCCGAACAAAACAUUCCGGGAAAGUGAUAGUGAUGUUUUCUUGGGAAUUCUUUUCGAGGGCGAUGAAAAUCGACGGCACGUAGUCCGGCUUCGGCGGCUUUGAUGAGCUCCGAUUAAUUACUACGGGUUUUAUUUCCAUUAGUUUUCGACGAGUAGAAUAGAAUUCGAUGUUUAGGUUAUAUUCAGAGUUAGAUUAGAACGUAGAAUUAGUUGGCAAUGAAGCGUCACAACCUGUUUUGCUUGGUAUUGAAUGAAAAUUCCUUUCUCGAGCUAGAACCUUUUUCCGCUUCGGUUGUUUUCCCUCUCUCCGUUCUUGCCAACGGUUGGCGUCGGUUGGAAGUUUGUCCUGAUUAAGAUAAUGGUGCAGCCGUUAAACAGAUAAGAA